CCCAAAUGAUGCGAGGGAGAUCGGAUGGAGCGCAAAAGAAGCGCUUGUGGACUUUUGUCGGUAUUGGGGCUGUGUUGGUUGUUUUCCUCUACAUGUAUUUUGGAUCCAAGAGCAGUGGUGAGUCUGCUCUUGAGUACGGCAGCCGUUCUUUGAGGAAAUUAGGAUCAUCUUAUUUGGGUGGGGACGAUAACUCUGAUCUCAGCAGCAGGCAAGACGAGAAGUUUGGGCUAGAAGACGGUGAUGAUGGCGUCAUCGCGAAGAGCUUCCCAGUUUGUGAUGAUCGCCAUUCAGAAUUAAUUCCGUGUCUGGACAGACAUCUCAUAUAUCAAAUGAGAUUAAAGUUGGAUUUGUCACUGAUGGAGCACUAUGAAAGGCAUUGCCCCUUGCCCGAAAGGCGUUUCAAUUGUCUGAUUCCUCCUCCUCCUGGAUACAAGGUGCCAAUUAAGUGGCCAAGAAGUAGAGAUGAGGUUUGGAAAGUGAACAUUCCUCAUACACACCUUGCACAUGAGAAAUCUGACCAGAACUGGAUGGUUGUUAAGGGUGAAAAGAUAAUAUUUCCCGGUGGUGGCACUCACUUUCACUAUGGAGCGGAUAAGUAUAUUGCCUCGAUUGCAAAUAUGCUGAACUUUUCAAACGAUAACUUGAACAAUGACGGAAGGAUACGCACGGUUUUCGAUGUCGGUUGCGGUGUGGCCAGCUUUGGUGGUUAUCUUCUAUCCUCUGAUAUCAUAUCAAUGUCGUUGGCACCAAAUGACGUUCAUCAGAAUCAAAUACAGUUUGCCUUAGAGAGAGGAAUUCCCGCAUACCUUGGUGUGCUCGGAACGAAAAGGCUUCCCUAUCCAAGUAGGUCGUUUGAAUUUUCUCACUGUUCUCGUUGUAGGAUCGAUUGGCUUCAAAGGGAUGGGAUCCUCCUCCUUGAGCUCGAUAGAAUACUUAGACCCGGAGGCUACUUUGCCUAUUCAUCCCCCGAAGCAUAUGCACAGGAUGAAGAGGAUUUGAGAAUAUGGAGAAAAAUGAGUGCACUUGUCGAACGCAUGUGCUGGAGAAUCGCUGCGAAAAGGAACCAAACUGUCGUUUGGCAAAAGCCUCUAAACAAUGAUUGUUACAUGGAAAGACCUGCCGGUACUCAACCGCCACUCUGUCGUUCUGAUGAUGAUCCGGACGCCGUUUGGGGUGUGAAUAUGGAAGCAUGCAUAACACCUUAUUCUGAACAUGACCACAAAGUCGGUGGAAGUGGACUGGCUCCUUGGCCAGCUCGAUUAAGUAGUCCUCCUCCCCGCCUUGCUGAUUUUGGGUAUUCAAAUGAAAUGUUUGAAAAGGACAUGGAUACUUGGAGGCAGAGGGUUGAUCAAUAUUGGAGUCUCUUAAGUCCAAAGAUUUCUUUGGACACCUUGAGAAAUAUCAUGGACAUGAAGGCGAACUUAGGGUCGUUUGCUGCUUCCCUGAAGGACAAAAAUGUAUGGGUCAUGAACGUCGUACCAAAAGAUGGACCCAACACUCUCAAGGUUGUAUACGACCGAGGCUUGAUUGGCACAACUCAUGACUGGUGUGAAGCAUUCUCAACAUAUCCGAGGACCUACGAUUUGCUUCAUGCUUGGACAGUCUUCUCCGACAUUGAGAAGAAAGGUUGUAGUGGUGAGGAUUUGUUACUCGAGAUUGAUCGUAUAUUAAGGCCUACAGGUUUCAUCAUCAUCCGUGAUAAACAACAUGUUAUCGACUUUGUAAAGAAGCAUUUAUCUGCAUUGCACUGGGAAACAGUUGGAUCAACCGAUUCCACCUCAGAUCCCGAGCAGGACAACGAUGAGAUUGUUUUAGUUGUGCAAAAGAAGUUGUGGCUCACAAGUAGAGGCAUCAGAGAUACAGAAUAGAUGGUAGAGUUUGAAUGCAUUUUCCUAAUUUAUUUUCUCCUGUCUUUAUAGAUGAAGAGAAAAAAAAAAGUGCCCUACAAGAUUGGGAGAUAUCAGUUUGAUUUUGUAUUGUGUGUGAUAUUUAUUUAUUUAUCACUUUUCUUUACGCGAUUUCAUGUAGUUGACAAACUGACAAUAUGCAUUUCAGUGGAUACAGAGAAAUUGAAACAUUAAAACUAAAGUUUAAAUUAUUUUGAAAUUUUAA